GGCAAGCUUUAUUUAAUGCGAUCUGGUACAGAAGACGGUUGUGCAAGCUCCUUCCUGAUGUUAGUCAUUCAGAGACAGCAUGCAAGAUUGUCUUCCGCCUGUUGUGGUCAUUGCUUGCACUGUGCCUGUGCAGAGCACUGAGCUGUCAUCAGUAACUGGCUCUGCAGUAGGAGAUUCAGCCAGCCUGACGGGAGACCUGCCAGCAUCCCUUCUCUAGGCAACCAUCGUCCCCGCUGCAUCGCUACCCAGACAGCAAGUGUAAAGUUACCCAUCAGCAAAUAGGUCAUGGCAUUAAACCAGAAGUUUGCCGGACUGCGUCUGCAAAAGCAAGGAAUUGACUCAAAAAAGUUUGAAGAAGGUUUCCUGGGGGCCCACAAUAAAUAUCGGAAGUGGCAUGGAUCACCGCCUCUUCAGCUGAACCGGGGCCUCUGCAAUUCAGCGCAGAAGUGGGCUGACCACCUACUGUCCAUCAGAGGCCUACAGCACAGCAAAUCGGGCCUGGGGGAAAACAUAUACUACAAGAGUUCUUCCAACCCCCGGGAUCUGCCAGGUAAUGAAGCAGUUGACAGCUGGUACAAAGAGAUCGAGGACUACAACUUCAGCAGACCUGGCUUCUCCAGCAACACAGGCCACUUCACUCAGGUUGUGUGGAAAGACUCGAAGGAGGUUGGCUAUGGGGUGGCCACAGAUGGCAAGAAGGUCUACUUCAUUGUGGCCCAGUACAGCCCGGCAGGGAACAUUACCAAUCCGGGCUAUUUUGAGAAAAACGUUCUGCCCUCUGGAACAGCGUCGGCAGCAGACAGCACGGCAUCUGAAAAGGAACCUGCAGGGAAAAAACCCCCCCAAAAUGUCUGGACGCCUGCUGAUUUCUUUAUGACUCCAGAUUUGUGUUUUUCAGGUGAUGAAGGAAGCCAGUUUGAGAGGGAAUUUGUGUCUGCCCACAAUGCUUACAGGAAGAAGCACGGAGCACCCCCUCUUCAGCUGAGCCGCGAGCUCUGCCGAUCCGCUCAGCAGUGGGCUGACCACCUGCUGUCCAUCCGGACACUGAAGCACAGCGGCUCAGAUAAUGGGGAGAACCUGUACUACAAAUACAGCUCCAGCACAAGAGAGCUGCCAGGUCAAGAACCCGUAGAUUCAUGGUACGAUGAAAUAAAGAACUAUGAUUUUGCAAGGCCAGGGUUCCGAAGUAACACAGGACAUUUCACUCAAGUUGUAUGGAAGGAGUCGAAGGAAGUUGGUGUUGGGGUGGCCACUGAUGGCAAUGGACUUUAUUUUGUGGUCGGGCAGUAUAACCCAGCAGGAAACAUCACAAACCCUGGGUUCUUUGAAAAGAACGUACUGCCAUCAGGGUCAGCACUGCCAUCAGGGUCAGCACUAUCAACAGACAGUGACCAGUCUGGUUCACGGUGGAAACCAAGUGGAAAUAAGUCACCUGAAGCAGAAAAUACAAGUGAUCAGAAACCAACAGUCAGCAUCAGCCAGCCGGAGUGUCUCUCAACUGUAGUCAAAUCAAGCAACUUUGAGCAGGAAGCAUUGGACACACACAACAAGUACCGACGCAUACACGGCGCUCCUCCGCUACAGCUGACCAGGGACUUGUGCGAGUCCAGCCAGAAGUGGGCCAACCACCUUCUUUCCAUCAAUGCUCUUCAGCACAGCAACACCAACCAUGGCGAGAACCUGUGGUAUAAAUGGAACUCAAGCGCCAGGGAUGCAUCCGGAUCGGAAGUCGUGGAUACCUGGUAUAACGAGAUAAAAGAUUAUAAUUUUAGCCAGCCUGGAUUUCAGUCUAACACAGGUCAUUUUACUCAAGUGGUCUGGAAAGACUCCAGGGAAAUUGGCAUUGCCAAAGCUGUGGAUGGUAAAGGAAUGGUGAUCGCUGUAGCCCAGUACAGUCCUGCAGGCAACAUCACCAACCCAGGCUACUUCCAGAAAAACGUGCUGCCCAAGGGCACCCCAGUAACUGAGAGCGUAGGAGGACCCAGCGACCGGGGGGCAGGAGCCACCUUUUAUCCUUCUGGAUGUGGAGGCGACUCUGGAUCACCAUCUUCUGAUACAAGAACAUUUGCACAAGAAUUUCUAAAGGCAAAUAACAAUUACCGGGCAAUACAUGGAGCGAAACCCUUGCAGCUCAAUUCCAGAAUUAGUCAGGAGGCCCAGAAGUGGGCGGAGCAUCUUCUGACCCUGAAGACCCUGAAGCACAGCGACACUUCCUAUGGAGAGAACAUCUGGGCUAAAACAGGGAGCCCAUCCAUCACAGUGGCAGGACAAGAAGUGGCUGACAGUUGGUACAAAGAAGAGAAGAACUACAACUUCUCCAAACCGGGACAUCAGCCAGAUACUGGACAUUUCACACAGAUGGUAUGGAAGACUUCCAAGGAAGUUGGCGUUGGUAUAGCAUCUAGUGGGAAGGGAAUGUUCAUCGUGGUGGCUCAGUACAACCCAUGCGGCAACAUCACCAACCCUGGCCUCUAUGCCCGCAAUGUACUAACUCGAGGGUCAAAAGUGACUGACGAUGAUGACGAUGAAGAUGGCUUUGUGAAGGGCUCAGCUGUCAAUGGCAUUGUCGCUAUUCCAGAGAAAGAUCUGAAAACAUUCCGGAAAGAUCUCCUGAACGAGCACAACAAGAACCGUCGCCUGCAUGGCUCAGGAGCGCUGCAGGUCAGCACGUCCUUAACACAGGAAGCACAGAAAUGGGCGGACCAUUUGGUUGGGAUGCGCGCUCUGCAGAACAGUGACUCAGAACAUGGAGAGAACCUAUGGUACCGUUGGGGCACGGACACUAGUCUGCCAACAGGGAAGGAAGUGGCUGAAUCUUGGUACAAUGAGAUCACAAAGUAUAAUUUCAGCAACCCAGGUUUCCAAAGUGGGUCAGGUAACUUCACCCAGAUGAUCUGGAAGAGUUCCAAUCAAGUUGGCUUUGGCCUGAGCACAGACAACAAAGGCAUGUACAUUGCCGUUGGCUUCUACGAUCCUGCCGGCAACAUCGCCAAUAAGGGAUACUUUGAUGACAAUGUCUUGCCCAAGAAGAAGUGAUCGAGGACCAGGGAAUCUUUAUCUCUUUUUUGUUAUGCCAAACACCCUCCAGAAUCCGAACUGAGUGAAGGCUUCCUCUGGUGGAAGAGAGAGCCCUCCACUGGAUUCAGAGAUCCACAUGAAUGUAAUUCUCAACUUCUUUGGAGCAAGAUAACACGCCAUACAUGGACAGGGAUUUUAUAUUAAAAAAUCAGAUAGUCUUAAUGAUGUUUCCUAAGCACCACUACUCUUGAAUGAAGGACCAUGCUAAAAUGUUUUCUAAUAUG